GUCCUGCAAGCGUCAAACGGGUCGGCUCCUCAACUGUUCAUCGCUUCUCCACUGUUAUCAAGUUAAUAGAUACCUGGCGAUGAAAUGUAUAGGCAGGUCGAGCUCUUCGCUCGCACAGUAGCUCAACUGUUAUUUCGACAAAAUAUGUCAACUGUGGCCGGCGUUGAGAACACUACCCGUAGGGUGCUACCUUGGACUGUCAAAGCAAGCAAGGAACCUGUGCACAAAAGGCAAUUGCCGAACAUAUGGGUCUCACCACCAAAACAAGCCGACAAAGGACCCGCUUUGCCGAAACUUGAUUAUCGCUCAGACAAGGUUAAUUAUGAAGUUGUGUAUGCGAGGUCAACGCGGGCAAUAAACGAAGCAGUAAACAAGUGCAGAGGAGAUGUCAUUGGCUUUGAUAUGGAGUGGAAGCCAACUUUUGUAAGAGGGGAAGCACAGCGACCAACAGCUCUAAUCCAGUUGUGCAACGAGCGUUAUAUCGGACUACUCCAUAUUUGUCAUGUCGUAAAGUUCCCGCCGCCACUCAGGGAGAUUCUUGAGGAUGCGUCGAUUGUUAAACUGGGUUUAAACAUCCAGGGGGAUGCCCGCAAGCUUCACCGCGAUUUUGGGAUACAAAUGGCUGGCUGGCUCGAACUUGGUACCCUUGCAAAGGAAGUAGCAGUAGCCUCAGAAAGGCGCACGUUGCAGGCGCUGGUUGAGAAGCUGUUACAUGCCCAUUUGGAUAAGACAAGCAGCAUUCGAACGGGAAACUGGGAAGCACUGGUCUUGUCCGAAGCACAAAGAGAGUAUGCGGCAAAUGACGCGUAUGCAGCGUACAAAGUUUAUAAUGCCUUAAUGAAGCUGCGGUCGGGUCUUGCAAAUGAGGAUCAGUUGCCGAUGCAGCUGGGCGGAAUGGCUGACAUUUUACAAAGAGAAGCACGGCAAGAUGAACUAGAGAUAGACCUUGAGGAAAAGCGCAGAAGGGUUAACAAAGCAUCCUCCGACGAUUACUUUGGCGACGAUCAGUCUGCCACAACCGCUAGUUCCCACGUUCAGGAAGAUGCCUCUUCUGAUAAGGGUUCAGUUGUUCAAAACCCAAUAUGCAUGGACGACAAGCGAAGCAGUCCCGCUCGAACGCAGGCUGUGCGGUACAAACGGACGCGAGUAAAAAAGAAAAUGACCGGAUCCCUUCACAUCGACAAAAGAUGCACUACAUUGGAUGGGGCAUCCCUUUCCAAUGAAAAUGCCACCAUCUGCGAGAGAACCAAAGUGGAUGUCCGUAGUUACAGUACUUCCCAUCAAUCCUGCGUUGUAAACAAUAUCGAGAGAAAAGGGAAGGAUACAGUUGACUUACCUAGUAUGGCUGUACCUCCGGCCUCCAGGGAGUGCGUCUCCAUCGAAUGCGCUCAGUCUUGUUUAGGCUCCCAUGAGAAACUGAAUGACAGCGAACUCAACAGUCAUACCAACCCCAACGACAACGGGACACUACAGGACAUUAUAAAGGUAUGCGACACCAGCGGUGGGACACCGGGGCAAGGGAGAGGGGAUCUUGCAGUCGAACAUGAGUGCAUCUUUGGCGUCAAAAAUUGGCCUCCACCCACCAGUUCAGAAAUCAGAGAGCUACAGAAUCGCGAUGCCCUGCCCGUCAGCAUCGGAUUUUGCAGGUGAUAUCAUGAUGUCAAGUGCUGCAUGCGAAUAUGAUGAUCUUUAUCCUUCCGAUGACGGCAUAGAUUGGGAUGUGCUGUAUGAAAAGAUUGACUGUUUGGCCACUCGAAAUGGCGAAUGAGAGAUCUCAUCUUGACAGCGUACAGAGGUACCAAUGAGGUUCCAAUGGUAAUACUAGUCAAUAGAAUGGAACACCAAAGCUGUGUAUAUCUGGAUAGUCACUGUAAUAAGCGACUUCAUAGACGUAAAGGGUUUCAAUCAAAUGUCUUCUAUGAGGCAGAAGACGAUCUGCCCACUAAUUAUAUGGACAAUAUCGAACAUCAUCAAGAUAUCAUGACCAAG